UCUCACUACAGAGCGACACACCUAAACCCCGCCCCGUCCCGUCAGCAGCCAAUCAGCGCGGGGUCCCGUCCCCCUCCCCGGGCGCUGAUUGGCUGUGGCGGCAUGUCAGCGGUGUGUGUGGCCGCUCCGCGCCCCGGACUCCGGCAAUCACUCUGAGGAAGCGGCGGCGGCUGCAGCUUCUUCCCCGGCCGGGAUCCCGAGCAUGGCCGUGUCCGCGCCCCCUCCCCCAGUGCUGAGCCCGGCGGAGUCUCCGCGGCCGCUGCUGAGCGGAUACAGUCCGGGUCCCGGAGGCGGCGGUGGCGGCAGUGAGUGCCGGAUGGUGGAGGUGCACGGGGUCCGGGUGGCGUCCUUCGUGCUGGACGGGCAGGAGCUGAUCUGUCUGCCGCAGGUGUUCGAGCUCUUCCUGAAGCACCUGGUGGGCGGGCUGCACACCGUCUACACCAAGCUCAAGCGGCUGGACAUCACCCCGGUGGUGUGCACGGUGGAGCAGGUGCGGGUCCUGCGGGGGCUGGGGGCCAUCCAGCCGGGGGUCAACCGCUGCAAGCUCAUCACUCGCCGGGACUUCGAGACGCUGUACCAGGACUGCACCAACGCCAGUUCCAGGCCCGGUAGGCCCCCGAAGCGAUCGCUGGGAGUCGCGAUUCAGGAGAACGCUCGUCUGCUGCCGCACGGAGUGCAGAGUCUCUUGUCUCCCGGACUGAUCUCCCCCACAGGACUGACGGCGGCCGCUAUGGCUGAAGCCAUGAAACUCCAGAAGAUGAAGCUGAUGGCUAUAAGCAGCAUGCACGGGAACGGAAGUCAGAACGGGACAGAGUCCGAGAAUGAGGAGCUCAACUCUAACGCAGGGGGAAGCGAAUCAUCGUGGGAUAAGGAGAAGCUCCAGUCUCCGAUCACGACCAGCGGUUCCCAGCAUGCACUUGGACACGUCACUCUGUCAGCACAGUCCGGCCUCGGAGGUGCACAUCCAUUAAGUCCUCUCCAGCAAAAUCACCUGCUGUCUAACAGAUUAGACCUGCCAUUCAUGGUAAUGCCCCACCCCCUCCUUCCAGUCAGCUUACCGCCUGCAUCCGUCGCCAUGGCAAUGAAUCAAAUGAAUCACCUUAAUACUAUCGCCAACAUGGCCGCAGCUGCUCAGAUGCACAGCCCUCUGUCUAGAGUGGGAGCUUCCGUUAUCAAGAGCUGCAUUUACAAUUCUGGUGGCUGCCCCUUGGAAUCUGUAUUCACUCUGCUGACAGACAAAUCCCUGACAAUUCAGGAAAGGAUCCAAGACAGCCCAUCCCCCGCCCCGUCCAUAGAGGACAGUCAGCGGCCCGGCAGCCAUGCCUCCUCACACCAGAGCAGUAGUGUGUCCAGCUCGCCCUCACAACUCGACAACAUAGCUGACCGUGUCCUAACGUCUUCUCUGUAUGCAGCCAUGUUACCCGGCUCCAGAGACGGAGACCUCACUGACCAAGAUACUGGACCCAGUAUAAAGAAGAUGUCAAAAGAGAAAGACGACAUCCAAAUCGCCAUCCCCAUCAUAAAACCCACCUUGGAUAAAGUGCAACUGGCCGGACAGGCCUUACCCCCCGGAUUCCCAGCGCCAUUCCUCUUUGCAGACGGGCUGUCAUCCGUCGAAACUCUCCUCACCAAUAUUCAGGGCCUUCUUAAAGUGGCAGUGGACAAUGCCAGAGUACAAGAGAAGCAGAUCCAGCAGGAAAAGAAAGAGUUAAAGAUGGAGCUGUGUCGGGAGAGAGAGAUGAGAGAGAACCUGGAAAGGCAGCUGACGGCCGAGCUACAGAGCCGAGCGACAAUUCAGAAGCGCUUGAAAAAAGAGAAAAAGGCGAAAAGAAAAUUACAAGAAGCCCUGGAAUUCGAGUCGAAACGGCGAGAACAAGUAGAGCAGGCACUUAAGCAAGCCACGUCGGGAGACGGCCUCCGGAUGCUCAACGACGCUUGUAUCCCUGAAAUGGAAACAGAGCACAACGGCUCGCAGCACGACAGCCCGCCCAUGCAAGAAAACAGGACGUACAUAAAGCCUCCGAUCAUGUACUGAGGGGAGGACGGCGUCUGGCCAAAAUGGCGCAAUUCACCGGAGUUGUCAUUUCCACCUUUUACUGCCUUUGGUUCAGUAGAAAAGGAAAGAUGUGAAAAAGAAUAAAAGCAUGAAAGAUGAAGGACUUUUCUGAACUGUUCCCGCAGUUGCUGCAUCAACGACUGCCCGGCAACGCGACGACACGGAGACAUUUCAGCGAGGAUUCCACAUCACGGCGACGCUCAGAUCGUACAGCCAAACAUUGACAGAAGAAGAAGAGACAUUUUAGGCCUAUUUAAAAAUAACCCCUCCCCCGACCAAUCUUAUACUUUUUUAAUAUUUAUUUUUUAAUUGUCUUUUUUAUUUGUUUAAUUCUUUUCUUUUUCAUUAUUUUUUUAUUCAGUUUUGUGCUUUUAUUGUUAUUUUUUUUUUAUUCCUUUCUUCAUUUUAUCUUUCAUUCCCCUACAAUUUUAUUUAUUUAUUUUUUCCAGCCUCCUAAAAAGCUGAAUUCAGAAUCCUUUUUUUUUUUUUUUUUUUUUUUGUCACCACCGAUCACAAAACAAGAUCCCUCGUGUUUAUAAAUUUUUGCUUUCUUUACCGGAAGCAGAGAUUCAGUAUAUAUAUCGGACAUUUUGGACUGAGAGAUGUGUGUACAUUUUUUUUUUCUAAAGAAAAAUACGACACUGUAAGAAAAAAAAAAAAACAUUUUCAAAAAUAUGAGAUGCCUGAAGAUGAGCAACGCUCUUUCGACCCCCUCCCCCCUGACCAGGUCCAUCAUGGCGGAUACGAAACGUGUGCGACCUUUAUAGUGCUUGAGGAAAUGGAGCUCCACAAGGUGAAGGAAACGUUGCAGUCUGGUUUCUCUGUUGUACUAUAUUAAGUUAAAAGUAUAACUUUGUUAAGAUGUUCUUGCUAAGAUUCAGUAUUAAAAC